UUCGCUUUCUAGCGGAGAACGACUUCAUUCGGACGACAUAGUGAAGCGAGCGCCAAGCGCCACUCAGUUUACUACAAACUCAAAUCGACGACGCAUGUCGCUUCUCUCGUUGUUGUGACCGUGUGUAUGGUGCUAGUGUAAUAACAUAACAGCAAAUUGUUUUGUGCUGUGAUAAUUUGUGUGGUGUAACCCUGUUCAUAAAACCGGGCUUUUCAAAGUUAUUGUGAUGCAGUUGAGCAUAUUCCUAUGGCUGUCUUGUGUAGCCCUCGCAGGAUAUGUUCGAGCGACAGAGGAGGGUGCAACUGGCGUUCCGUCAACGGAAGGCGCAGUACACCAGCACGACGAUCCGCUCGCAUCAGACAAGGAUCUGUUCAUCGACGAUGAUGGUUCCGGUGUAGAGAUCGACGAGAGCUCCGGCUCCGGGUGGGGUCCCGGGCCCGGUCCGGACGACGAGGACGGCCGUGCCGGCUCAGGUGACGCACCCAAUGCGCCUGAGGAUGACGAAGACUUCACUCUACGUACCACUACGACACCGGAACCGGUUGACUUCGAUUCAGACUAUUCGGAGGAGCAUAUGAUCGACUCGGUUCCGGAGACCGCACCCACAAUCCUGCCAGUAGACAAGUUCGAUGUAGUCAGUCCUCGUAUAUUAUCUAAACCAGAGGAAGCGCCAGACACACGUGGAUCUGGAGAGGAACAGUCCCCUCGUCCAGAUCAGACAGACAUUAGUAUAUCCGGGGAAGACAUCAACCCACCUAUUGACCAAGAUAAGUCUGGUUCGAACCUCGAACCGGAGUCGCGUCCGGCGGACAACGUCGUCUUCAUCAUGAACGCUAAAUCCGAGGAUCGCGCCACCAGCUUCUUCGCGCAGCCUGGAAUACUUGCGGCUGUGAUCGGCGGAGCGGUGGUAGGACUACUUUGUGCAAUUCUGGUGGUCAUGUUCAUAGUAUACCGCAUGCGCAAGAAGGAUGAGGGCUCUUACGCGCUCGACGAACCCAAGAGGAGCCCCGCCGCAGCCUCCUACGGGAAGGGUCACAACAACCGGGAGUUCUAUGCGUGAGACCACACAGAACAAACUCUGCCACAAGUUUAUUAAACGACACACAAAAAAGCAUAUUCAAAACGGCGGAUAACGCUAUUCCAAAUUUAAAUUCUGAUAUUGGCAGUUGCAACCCGUUCGUCGCUUCGAACGUUUCUAUAGUAAUGUGGCUAAAUUUGUUCUGUGAAUAUGGAUUUAUAUCCAAUAAAUAUAUCAACAUGUAAAUGUACUGAUUGUACUUUGCUAUGUACAAACCAUGUACGACCUAAUGUUGUCUAUUCGACAUUCGAAUUAAUGGUAAUUUGUAUGAAUUGAAUUUUAUCAAAAUAUCAAUUUUAAGACCAAAUUUUUAAAGUCAACUAGUUGUUGAUGCUCAUAAAUUGUCCUAAGUCUUGAUGUACCAUAAACUGGACAAUAGCAGCAAAUGCGUGAUCUGUUAAGAGUGAGACACAAAAAGAGAGAGAGAAAGAGACACAAAAAUAUUGUUGUCGCAUCUUUUUGUUUCUUCUAAAUAACAGCUAACGUUAUUGGUCAAGUUUAAAAAGUGUUCGACGUGACCAUGGCCAAUGUGUUUUGGACGUUGAGCGAUACUAGUUGAAAGCCUUUUAAUCGAAACUUAACGGGAGAUCUUGUAUAAUGUUGUUCUGUAAAAAAUAAAUGUGCCAUCCGCUUCUUUCGAUUGUAUAUUUGCCAAUCAUAUGUUAGUUUUACCUUCAUCGCAUAGAUUAUAUUCUAACUGUAGCAGAUAAUCUAUGGACACGUCCAUAUCUUGUUUGUCUAUAUCAUGUAUAAAGUUAUUAUUUGAAACCUCGUAAAAUAAACGUCAAAAAUAAUGUCACGCGUUAUAGACAUUUAAUAAAUUAAUAAGAAUUAUUUAAUAACAUUUAAAUUAAUCUCUUUAGUGAUUUACUGAAACCAUUACCUAAACAGUACGUUUUAUUUUACGAGGUUUGAAGAUAAAAUAUUUAAUUAUAAGCGUAAUUAAUAAUAUACACAUAUUACACAUACGAUUUGCACACGAAAGUGUAUCGCCGAGUUCUAGAAAAUCAUAUAUUGAAUAGAACAGUGGCCAUUGAAUUGUAAACUGUACGCUAUGACAAUCUGUAUGGAAACGACUUUAGAAUUCUUUUUUGUGUUCCUUUAGUAUAUAAGUCUUUUGUAAUUGUUUUUUUAUACUAACUAUGUGGGGUUUUAUCAUUAUUAUGUUUUAUACUUUUAAUUAAUUUUACUUAUUGUAAUUUAAGACGAUUUUGUCGUGUCGGCUAUGAUUGAAUAAUAACGCUUGUUAUCGCCUUUUUGGUUGUAUUUUUUUAUAUAAAAAUCAUUUUCCGUCAGUGCGCAACGAAUUUUUAUUCCAAUUUUCAUUUCAUGUUGAUAACAUUUCUUAUACUCACUAAGAUUUUUUUUAAAGCAAUCGCCUAACAAUUUCUUUGCCGAGUAAAUAUGACAAUUCGGUAUAUUAAUUUAUUUAAAUUACAUUUAAUAGUCGUGUAUCAUUGAUUAUAUCAAAAUAUAAAUUAAUCAAUUAGUAAUUUACGUGUAUGUGUAAUUUUUUAAUGAAUAAUUAUGAAAAUUGGAGUACGAUUCGGACAUAUUGAAAUAAUAUUGCUAGACAAAUAGUGUAUCGAGAUAUAUUGUAAUCUAAAAUGUAUUCUCAAAUACUAACUGCGUUUAAGCUAAUUAUAUAAGGAAAAAUAUACUAGUAUAAAAAUACUAACGUUACAGUAGUAUCAACCUUACCAGCAGAUUAAAGAGUGGGAGCAGGACGGCGUAUAUGAUGCGCUCUGUCACACUUCCGGAUGUCAUGUGACGCCGUAGUGACGCUCCGCACUUAAUAAUGAUGUUAUUACAUUACAAUACAAUUGAAAAUAAACCAAUAUUCUUCUUUAUGACAAAUAUAAAGUUAAAUUUAAUAGCGAUCGAGGUGAUAAAUAUGAAUAAAAUAUAAAAAUUAUAUGUAUUAUAUCGUGUUUGUAAAGACCAUAUUAUGGAGAUUUGUUUUUAAAAUACCAUUAAAACACUAUCAAUGAUAAGUCAUUAUUUUAUCACAUCGUAAAACAAAUGCAGAAAGUGAUAUGACCACCUUCAUUUUAAUAUUCUGAUGACAGCGAGUCUCUUAUAACUAAUAAAAAUCAAAGCGAACUUUGUUUCAUCAUUUUAUAUUUUAAAUUUUAAUUAAUAAUCUACACGACGAUUAUAAAAAGAUGCCAGAUCCACUACAAAAUACUUGUUUACUUAAAACGCAGCUAGUAUUCGUAUAUCUGCUAAAAACAUUCCUCUGCGAAUACAUUAAAAAAUAAUAUCCUAAAAUAUUAGCUAUGACGCUCACUUAGUGUAAGUAUCUGUACAUUAUAAUUGUAAAUUCUUUUAGAUCUAAUGCUACUAAUUUAUACAAUAACAUAGUAAUUCAGUAACCAAAUAUUAUUUUUUCUUUUUCAAAAUAGUCCAUUAUAUAUAGCAGAAGCUUAUAGGUUUUUCUUUUUUAAAUUAACAGAUAAAAAAUUAAUUCAAUAUUAAACUUGGCUAAUUAAAAUAUAUGAUCUGUGUCUAUUUUAUUUUUGUUUUAGUGUUUUAUCACAUAAACCAAGUUUGAUAGGUUAUUAAUAUCAAAGCGCAAAAGUGACGUACUGCUUUUAAAAAAUUACAAAACUAUCUGUCAUUUCGUUGACAACUUAAACUUAUGAUAGAAGUCUUUGGCACCAAUGCGUCUUGACUGCAGAUGUCAAACUUUCUUUUGCUUAGACGCAAUUUAAAUCUCACAAAUUAAAACAAACAUUCGUUUUUGUUAUCUCUAGACAAGCUUAAGUUCGAAUAAAUAGCGAAUAAGACCGUCACUUUUGUCCUGAGGUGUCUGGGGCAACUAUUGUAAGCAAUGCAGUGCCAAUGUUAUGCAAACUAUACGUUGCGUGUAAAGUCAUUUUGCAUUUAAGAUCACGCGAUUCAUUCUAUUUUUAAAUAACAAUGGCAUGGGAAUAUUUUAUAUCCAAAUAGACAUAUUUAUUUUUGCUCAAAUUAUUAAACCAUGGACGAUUUCUUUUUUUCAUAUUUUAUCUGAAUAUUUGAAAAUGAUUUAUUCGAUUUUGUAAACUUUUUCAUUUUUGGCAGCUUUUUAAAUUAUAUUUGAAUAUAAUAUAAAAUGUAUGUUGAAUGAUAAAUAAUCUAUGAAAAUCUUUUGCAGUUGUCUUAAGGGUUUAUUUCACAAAUAAAUAAAUUCUGUAUGUUUUCAAUAUGUAUAACAGAGUUUAAAAUUAUUUAAUACAGCUUUGAAUGGUGCUUAUAAUUAUUUUAUUACAAUGGGUAUUGAAAUAGAAUUUAAGAAAUAUUUCCAUGAGGUAACCUAACUUACCUUAAACAUUUUAAUAUUUUACCAACAUGAUAUUUUAGUACAUAGCUCACCUGCCGGCUCGGACAGACGCAUUCGAUGAUUGCCAAACCGAUUCUUUCAUUAAAUCGGUCACGUGACAUAUCAAACACAGUGCGUCAUUUCUAUACAUUUUGAUGUUUUCUACAAACGAAUUCGUCAAUAGAUAUGUUGCUUGUCCGGACCCACUGAAUAAUUAUCAUUAAACUUAUCAAUGGUGAAAUGAAUCCUUAAUAUUUAAUAUUAUUUUAUAACAAUGACUAAUGUUUUCGAUUAAGGCUAGAUUUAGGGUAGGAUAAAUAUAUCGAUGUCCACCUUGUAAAUAAUGCUCCUUUACACUUAGGUAAUUAUACAGGUCAUUAUGAACAAA